AAAUCUUCUGAGGUCUCUAUGGCGAAGGCGUUCACUUACAGCCGAUUGCCAGAGCAUCAGGUAGCAGUGUAUUACGAUGGAAGCGACAAAGCAGAGAAACCAUCAGAGUGGAAUAUCGUGGAAUGUUUCGUUUCAUUCUUGUCUUCGAUUCUUCUCCUUUUCACGUUUCCGAUAUCACUAUUUUUCUGUCUAAAGGUGAUAAAGGAUUAUGAGAAAGCUGUCAUCUUUAGACUGGGAAAACUGUUGCCUCCAAAGGGACCGGGAGUGGUGUUCAUUAACCCAUGUAUUGAUGUGUGGACUAGAGUGGACACAAGAGCAAAAGCAUUCAGUGUACCACCACAACAGAUACGUACCAGUGAUGGAGGGCUUGCAUCAGUUGGUGCAGAGGUACAAUUCUGUAUCAAAGAUGCAGUUUUGUCCAAAACAUCAGUCCAGGACCUUAAUCAUUCCUUGCGUAUGCUGGCGCAAACAACACUUGUUAGUUCUCUGGCUUCCAGAAAGCUUCUAGAAGUUCAGCACGAUAGGAAAUUUAUCAACAAACAAGUUCAGGAUGUUGUUAAUGCAGCUGCAGCCAUUUGGGGUGUGGAGAUAACUAGAAUAGAAAUGUCAGAGGUCAGAGUGUUGAAGGAAGCUGAUGAGGUUGUGGGCGCUCUGUCCGCUUUAUUUGGUGGAGGAUCACAGGGUUUGAACCUUGGAAAUAUGACCUUCGCUAAUCCUGGCAUGGCUGGUAUGUUGUCAGCAAUGGGAGGUGGUAACAUCCGCAGUGGACCCACCCUCCCCACCCCUGCUGAUCUGUCAGUUGCUUCUUCUUGCUCUGGAAAUGGAGAAACUGGCGCCAGCCUACUUACUCCUGAGCAGCUGGUAAAGUUGGUCAGCAGUGUCCUAAGUGAGAGCCUUGUUCAGGAGAUUGGUGGCAUGUUUCAAUUCAACAUCCUUGGUGAAAAUGGAGGGACAUGGUAUCUGGAUCUCAGAGGUGGACAUGGAAAAAUAUAUACUGACAAACCAGUAGAUAAUCCAGAUGUAGUACUUACAAUGAGUGUGGAUGACAUGCAGCAGAUAUUUUAUGGACAGACAACGGCUUUUGAUGCUUAUAUGCAAGGUACAUUAAAGGUUGAUGGUGACUUAAGAAUGGCUAUGAGUCUUGAAGCUAUUGUCAAAAUGCUGAAGGAAAAACCAGUCGUCCCUGAAAAACAAGUCUCACAAGGACCUGGAGUAUACAUUGUUUAAAACCUAUGGUGGUGCCGAUGUUUGGAGCAGAUAUUAUACGUGUCUUACUAACACUGAAGCUUAAAGAAACUCAUUGAAAAGAACUCAUCGCCCAGCAAUGGUUUAGACAUACAUUUAGUAAAAUUUCUACAAUUUAAUGAGACACUUAAUAGAUUAGAAUUGUGAUUCUAGGUUUCUAUCUAAGUAUGUAUGUAUUAGGUUUUUAUUUUGUCUCUUGCCACUUUUUUUACCCUUUAGUCUUGCAGUGAUGGGUAUAUCCCUUCGCAGGACGUCCCCCCCCCUUCCCUAACGUAGAUGUAGAUUUGUGGUAUCUCCAAUAAUUUACAUAGCAUUGUUUCAACAUCUCAUCACUCCCAGAGACACGUGGGUAGUCUGAGCAUCAGCUUCACGCGCAAGGAUUUUUGGGAUCGUUUAGUUCGAAAAUAUGAGUUCUGAUUGGUCAGUAGUUGCCUUUAGAUCCCUGAGCUUUCUGUUGUUAAACAAACGAUGUAACAAAAAUUGAUUUAUUACUGCUUUCCACUCGUUAUUUUGACUGUAAAUACCAUAUCAGAAAUGUUUCAAUUUAGUUCUAGCCUAGUGUUCUUCGAAGUAGCUGUAUAUAGGCAAAAUGCAUUAAAGUUUCGAAUAUAACGACCUCGUAAGGUAAAGUCUGCAUACGAGCCAAGUGGCCCAUCAAGCUGGCGCUUAUCUCCAGUUUCUGUAGCAUGAAGCGA